CCACUGUGUCCCCAGCCCGCCGUGGCCGCUGCCCUGUACCUGAGGCUGGUUCAGGGCCGGGCGGGGCCCGACACCCUCGGGGUCCUGCAGCACCUCUUGGCUCACCUGGAGCAGCACCUGGCCCGGAGCGGCAGCACCCACCUGGCCGGGGAUGCCGCCUCGGUGGCUGAUGUGGUGGUGUGGGGCAGCCUGUUCCCAGUGCUCCAGGACGAGACCAGUCUGCCCAGUGAGCUGCAGGUGCUGCGCUCCUGGUUCCGCACCAUGUCCCUGUGGGAGCCGUGCCGGGACGCGGCCGCGCUGCUGCCGGAGGCGCUGCGGGAGCUCCGGACCCACCUGGCCCAGCACCCCCCGCCCCUCCUGGCCCCCCGCCACGAGCCCCAGGACGAGGAGGGCCCGGAGCGGACGCUGACCGACGACGACAUCGCGGCUGCCGUGGACAUCUGGGCCCAGGGCCCCGCGGCGCUGCCCCCGCCCCGGCAGCCACGGACACCUGUGUUACCUGUGGAGGGCGAGAGGAACGUCCUGAUCACCAGCGCGCUGCCCUACGUCAACAACGUCCCUCACCUGGGCAACAUCAUCGGCUGCGUCCUCAGCGCCGACACCUUUGCCAGGUGGAUUGCCCAGGACAUUUUCCAGCGGCUGCUGGCGCGGGGGUUCCUGCUGCAGGACACGCUGGAGCAGCUCAGGUGUGAGAGCUGUGGGCGGUACCUGGCCGAUCGCUUCGUGGAGGGCACCUGCCCCUUCUGUGGCUACGCCGAGGCUCGUGGGGACCAGUGUGACAAGUGUGGGAAGCUCAUCAACGCCGUGGAGCUCAAGAACCCCCAGUGCAAGCUCUGCCGUGGUACCCCUGUGGUGACGCCCACCCAGCACCUGUUCCUGGACCUGCCCAAGCUCGAGGGGCAGCUGGAGGCCUGGCUGGAGCGCACCUGGGCCUCAGGUGACUGGACGGCCAACGCGCGGCACAUCACGCGCACCUGGCUGCGGGACGGGCUCAAACCGCGCUGCAUCACCCGCGACCUCACCUGGGGCACCCCGGUGCCCCUCGACGGCUUCCGUGACAAGGUGUUCUACGUGUGGUUUGACGCUCCCAUCGGGUACCUGUCCAUCACAGCCAACUACACUGAGCAGUGGGAGCGGUGGUGGAAGAACCCCCAGCAGGUGGAGCUCUACAACUUCAUGGCCAAGGACAACGUCCCCUUCCACAGCGUCGUGUUCCCCUGCUCGCUGCUGGGCGCCGAUGACAACUACACCCUGGUGAAUCACCUCAUCGCCACAGCCAGGGCUGGCAUGUUCGUGUGCAAGUUCUUCGCGGGUACCGUGCCCGACAUGGUGCUCACAGCUGAGGACCAGCGGCUCCUGGCCCGGCUCACCCUGGAGAUCCGCCAGUACCACCAGCUGAUGGAGAAAGUCCGCAUCCGCGACGCGCUCAGGUGCGUGCUCAGCAUCUCCCGCCACGGCAACCAGUACAUCCAGGUGAACGAGCCCUGGAAGCGCAUCAAGGGCGAUGAGAGGGACAGGCAGCGCGCAGGGACAGUGACGGGUGUCGCCGUGAACGUGGCGGCCGCUCUGGCCGCGCUGCUCCAGCCCUUCGUGCCCGGGGUCAGCGCCGCCAUCCAGGGCCAGCUCCGCAUCCCCCCAGAGCGCUGCGGCCUCGGGCCCGGCCUCGCCUGCACCCUGCCCGCCGGGCACCGCGUCGGCACGGUGAGCCCCCUGUUCCAGAAACUGGAGCCCGAGCAGGUGGAAGCCCUGCGCCAGCGCUUCGGGGGAACGCAGACCAAAGCGCCCGCCCCAGCCUCAGUCCCCACUCCAGCCCCCAACACUUCUGCAGCUCCAGGUGACCCCAAACUGAUCCAGGAGCUGACUGAGCAGGUGGCCAAGCAGGGCAACCUGGUGAGGCAGCUGAAGGCUGCCCAGGCAGAGAAGGCCCAGGUGGACGCCCAGGUGGCCAAACUGCUGGAGCUGAAGCAGCAGCUGGCACUGGCCGAAGGCCGGAGCCCCGAGGUCCCCAAGGGCAAGCGGAAGAAGUAGCCCCAGUAACCAAACUGGGCCAUAGUGGUUGUGGUUAGAUGCGUGCAAUAAAUGAACAAGAGCUGUACAAUGGCACGGA